AUGAAUCUGCCAAGGGCCAAUUCCGAACAUAAACCAAAAGUGCAUUCAUAUCGUGGAAAUAUACAUGAAGGCGAAUAUAUCCCGCUACCUUCAAGGCCAUUGCCGAUAAGCACGUCGGGAACUCCUGGUCCCGAGACCCCUAAUCGCAUCGCUCUGCCUGACUUGUCUUUUAUUCAUGGCCCUUCUACCAGUAACAUUGGGAACAAUAAUAGUCAUCUAUAUGAUUCUGAAGCGUCCAAAAUCACGCCUGUUCGUGUGGUUGAUGAGACAGUAACCAGAUCAAUAUCACCAUCGUCUGCUCUGGUGAUUGGCCCUACUUUAGUACACGAAUGGACCCAUUCGCAUUCAAUCUUAUGUGUCAUCGCCGCACCUCUGAAAAAUUUGGUGAUCUGUGGUACCCAAGAUUCCAAGAUACUUUUGUUCGAUAUGGACGAUUACAGCCUUAAGCAUGAGAUACCUUGUGGCAGUAAAGACCACAGCUCAUCAAUUCUUUGCUUGACCUUGAGCCAAGACGAAAAUUACUUAUUUAGUGGGGGGAGUGACUCUUUGGUUAAGGUUUGGGACUUAUCAACAACUACGAACAAGCCCUCAUCCAAUGCACUGAACGAAAUCCAUUGUACUCAUAUUAUCUAUUCUUUGGUGGACAUUGGUGAUAUCUUCUCCAUUUCGUGGUCUAACAGCUUAUCUACAUUAUUCAUUGGGGCUCAGAAUGCUUCAAUAUUGUGGUGUUCUCUCUGCUUCCAUAGGAAUUCCGACCUUAGCUAUUCUACAUCUUCCGAUAGCAUAUCGGAAGAGUACGUUAGUGUUGCGGCCAGCGAUAGCGUUGAAGAAGUUAACGCUGGCAGCGUGGGUGUCCAUUAUCAAGCACUAAAUGCUAACUUGGAAAGACUCCCUCAUUUCCGUUAUGACAAAUUCUUUGAUUCCAAGGGUCCAGGUGGAUCAAUAAAUUAUUUACAAUCAAAACAUCAACUUCAUAGAGAAUUUGCCAAGAAUUCAAGUAAGCGUACGCAACAGUCACUCAAACCGAAAUUAAUGGAGAUUACAAACGAUGAUAUAAUAAGAUUUGCUCAUAAUGGGUAUGUCUAUUGCAUGGAAAUUUUUAAUUGUAAAGAACAGUCUGAAUCAAAUGAUUUUUUAACCUCCUAUCAAGACAAAUACGAAAAUUUACUUAUUUCAUGUGGUGGUGAUGGGAUUAUAAACUUUUGGGGUAUCACGUCUGAACAUGAAAGUGGAAAGGGUGGGCUGGUAAUUUCCUUAGAGAAGAUCACUUCGCUUGAUAGUCAGGAUUCUGUCUUGUCUAUGGCAAUUCAAGAUUCAUACAUAUAUGCUGGAUUGUCAAAUUCUACUAUCAAUGUGUGGGACCUUUGUACAUUUCAACUUAUCAGAUCUUUUAAAUAUUGCGACGACAAUUAUAAUGGUGAUGAUGAAGAGAGCUUUGAUAAUGAUGAAAUACUAAGCUUGGGUAUCCAUAAUCAUUGUAUUUUCAAGGCAUCUAAUAAAGGUGGAUUAUCAAAACUUACAUUGAAACUGCACUCACCAAAAUCAGCGAUAUUUGAGGAAGUUCGUAUUGGAGGUAAAUUGGGGACUGGAAAUGCCGAAGGCGUCUUCAGCCAAGAAGAUUAUGGAUCAGUGUUAGCCGUUCGGAUUUUCACCACCUCAGCUGGAAUUACAUACUUAUUAAGUGGCUGUAAUAAAUCUUUAGGAUUAUGGGAUAUAACUAAAGUAGGUGAUCCUAAGGACAACAAUAAUACGGAAACUGAGUGCGUUGGAGGAGAUAGUGCAUCUAUUGCGUCAGAUGCUUCCGGAUUUUCAGAAUUUGAAACUGAUGCAGUAACUAUUAAAAAUAAGUCUUUGCAAUCAACAACUAAAUUAGAUAACAAUUCUCUCUUGAAAUCACUUCAAAGAUACAUUGCGUACAAAACUAUUUCACGAUACCCUGCCCUAUAUGUUGAAGAUUCACGCCAUUGUGCCCAGUUUUUAACCAAAUUGUUGAUAUCGUUUGGUGCAAAACUGACAAGGAUGUUACCUGUUGAAAAUGGUAACCCAGUUGUGUAUGCUGCUUUUAGUAGGAAUAGCGGUAAUCAAAUCGUUGGAUCUGCAACUAAAAGGCUUCUAUGGUAUGCCCAUUAUGACGUCGUCGACGCUGAAGAUGAAAGGGAUGAUUGGACGACAGAUCCAUUUACACUUACUGCCAAGGAUGGUAACCUAUACGCCAGAGGUGUCUCGGACAAUAAAGGUCCAACUUUGGCAGCCAUUUAUUCAGUUGCUGAAUUGUAUAGCAAAAAUGCAUUAACAUGUGAUGUCGUUUUCAUUAUAGAAGGUGAGGAAGAAUGUGGGUCAAUUGGGUUCCAAAGAGUGAUCAAUGCCAACAAAUCGUUGAUUGGAAACAUUGAUUUCAUUAUGCUUUCAAACUCUUAUUGGUUAGAUGACCAAAUACCAUGCCUUAACUAUGGUUUAAGAGGAGUAAUCAAUGCUUCCAUCCUGAUCAAAUCCGAAAAGCCUGAUAGGCAUUCAGGGGUUGAUGGAGGUGUUCUGCAAGAGCCAACUAUGAGCUUGGUUCAAAUCUUAGGAACUUUGAUAACCCCAAAAACUAACAAAAUUCAAAUUCCAAACUUCUAUGAUGAUGUCUUGCCAAUUACUGAAAGAGAAAUUGAAAUUUAUAAGAAAAUAGAACUUUCUGCUUCAAAUGAAAGUGUUCUGAUAGAUCAAGAUUUGAAGACCUUAUUAGCUAAAUGGAGAAACCCUUCAUUGACAGUCCACAAAAUUGAAGUAUCAGGGCCAAAUAACAACACUGUGAUCCCACAGACUGCUGAGGCAUCCAUUUCUAUUAGAGUUGUUCCAAACCAAGAUUUAGAAAAGAUUAAGGCGCUGUUAAUCAAAUACCUCCAAGAUAAAUUCGAAGAAUUAAAUCCUCCAGCAGAAAAUCAAUUAUCAAUUGAUAUUUUCCAUGAAGCUGAACCAUGGCUUGGAGAUCCUUCCAAUAUCGUUUAUCAAAUCUUGUACAAAAAGUUGAUUAAAAAUUGGGGACCAGGAACCCCAGAACCUUUGUUCAUUAGGGAAGGUGGCUCGAUCCCAUCAAUUAGGUUCCUCGAAAAGUGUUUUAAUGCUCCCGCUGCACAAAUCCCAUGCGGCCAAGCUAGUGACAAUGCACAUCUUAAAGAUGAAAAAUUGAGAGUAUUGAACUUAUUUAAAUUAAGGAAUGUAUUAUAUGAUACUUUCAAAGAAUUGGGAGAAAUAUCCAAUUAA